GGGUGGUCGUGGUUACGAUGCUGGUUGUGGUGGUGGUGAUUGCUGAAACAGUCAUCCAAGUAUGAUGACAGUAAGGGGGCAAGCCGGGAGCUCAACACGGCCUACCAGCUGCUAAGGGACUUUUACAACUGCGGACACCGUUAUUCCGCUUCUAUUCCUACCACCACCGUACAGCGGGCCCCGUGUUCACCUCAUGCGACACAGGAGGCCCUUCAAUCAGGAGCUUUCGAGGGCGUUUGGGAACGACCCGCGGUGGUUAUGGGGGUACUGAAUACACCCCACCGUACGCACGUCAUGACGGGUGGACAGACCAGCAUGCGAAGAGGAGGGACGAGGGAAGGGGAGAGGAAAGGGAUUCUGCCAAUCGCCCAACACGUCCACAUCCAGCCUUGGCUCAGCACAUAAGCACUAGGUCGGGCCUACAUGCUGCUCCUUCCUUGGCCAUAAUAAACACCAAGCCAGGGGUUUGCGCCACAGCACUUGGGCUCCUACAUGUGCGAGUGUGAACCUCACAGGGCUCCGCCAGUGAUACUCAGGCCAGCAAUAUCCGCCCAGCAUCCCUCAACCGUAUCAACUUCAGGCAGAUUAUACAUUAACCACAGAAGGAGCGAAGGAGCGAGCUUCAUGGCUGUGAGCUUGGUUUGCUUGGUUUGCUUGGGUCGUCUGGGCUUCAUGGUCAACGCAUUGUCACGUAGCGUGC